AUGGCGGUUUUAAGAUUAAUUCGGGGCUUCUUCAGGCGCGUACGGAUGCUUGCGGAAGAGUACUUUUCCAGUUCGUCGAUUCACGGAAUGCAGUACCUGGCGUCGAGUAGUAGACCGCCGAUCGAGAAAGUGUUCUGGGUCUUGAUUUUUAUUGUGUCGAUAUCCGCGUGUACGAUUUUGUCGCAGGCGAUCUACAGGAAGUGGCAGCAGACUCCGGUGAUCAUUGCGAUCAACGAAAGAAUGACACCAAUAUGGGAGAUUCCUUUCCCCGCGAUCACCAUCUGCCCAGAAGUUCACAACUACAGUGCCAGUGAGUUCAGAGUAGAGUGCGUGUACUACGCGUAUCCGUACAAGGAGUGUGAAGUGACGACAACUUUGGUUGGAGAAAUGCCUUGUGCGACGUUUAACGUGCUGUCCGCUAAUCAAAUGUUUCACCCGGAAGUGCUUGCCAAUGUCACAAACUAUCGAUACCUUCGCGAAAUAACGGAAGUGUCAUCCUGGAACCUUGAACUCGGCUACAAUAAUAGCAAUCACAUUCCAUCGUACCCAGUUCGAGCGUUUCGAAUAGGGACCCUUCACGGUGUCUCCGUGGUCAUACAACAACGUGCAAUCCCGGAAGCUAAUCGACACCGUCCGAACACUACGGCGUCCUUCCAAAUCAUCCUUCACGUACCGAACGAAUAUCCUCAAAGCUCGAACGUGUACUACGAAAUCCCAGCCAACCAGGACGGUGAACUGCACAUCACUCCUCACAUGACCACCACUUCCGAUGAGCUGGAGGACUAUCUCCCCGCAAAGCGGCAGUGCUACUAUCAAGGUGAGCGAAAGCUCAAAUACUUCCAACACUACACCGUCGCCAACUGCGAACUGGAGUCUAUCGACGACUACAUCACCCGAUACUGCGGGUGUGCCAUGUUCCCGGUUCCAGGACGAGAGAACAUCUCCGCGUGCAGCGUCGGCAGAGAAGAUUCCUACUGCUGGAUAGCAGAACAGGAAGGCCUCCAAUACAGCAUGUCCUUCGAUCGGAUCCACCUGUAUCCGAAACCAGAAGACGACUGUCUCCCAGCUUGCACAUCCAUUUCCUACGACGCCGAUGUCACGGUAUUCCCCACCAAACGAUUUCAACGAAUGGAGAACAGCAUAACCACCACCAAUCUGUGGUUGGGCUUUCGGACGCCGCAGUUUGUCGCGUGGAAGCGGCGGGAGCUGUUCAGCGAGACCGAUCUGAUUGCCAGCAUUGGCGGUCUGGUGGGCCUGUUUAUCGGCGCGAGCCUGCUGAGCGCGGUGGAGAUGAUUUACUUUUGUGCCGUGCGGCUGUGGAUGGUGCCGAUGGCGAGGAAGGAUAGCACAGGUGAUUGUAGCAAAUGUGGUGUCAAAGCUGGAGGUGCAAGUAGUGAAAAACCACCAGCGGGGUCGUUGAAUGAAAAGUAG